GACUCCAGAGAGCCCCGCCUCCUUCCGUCGGUCCUCCAGAGGCCCACAGGCGGGGGAGAGUCUCCGAGAGGGUCGAGGCGGGGUUGGAGGUGGCCCCGCCUCUCGGGCUCACCGCCCCCUCCUUUGCACACCUCCGCUGGUGGCGGCUCGCGCCCCUCCACUGCGCUGGAAGUCGGAGCCGCAGCGGCCGCCGCGUGAGGCAGCGGUCACGUGUUGUUUUGCCCGCCGCCGCGCGCUUGGAGUGGAGUGGGCGGGGGCGGGGGCCGAGGCGGGAGGGGGCUGGGGCGGGCGGAGGGGGGUAGACAGCCUCUUCCCCCAACCCUCCCUUCUCCGAGCCCCCCCUCCCGCUCGCUCACCUUAAAACCAUCGUGCAUCACCAUGGCGAGUUGCUCCUUCGCUCGCGACCAAGCGACAAGGAGACUGAGAGCUGCAGCGGCGGCAACGGCGGCAGCUCUAGCUGCGGUGGCGACCACCCCACUUCUUUCCUCCGGAACCCCGACCGCACUCAUUGGGACCGGGUCGUCUUGUCCGGGAGCCAUGUGGCUCUCCACGGCCACUGGCUCCCGGUCAGACUCCGAGUCUGAUGAGGAGGACCUCCCCGUCGGGGACGAAGUCUGCAAACGCGGCUACCUGCGGAAGCAGAAGCAUGGGCACAGGCGCUACUUCGUGCUCAAACUCGAGACCGCCGACGCCCCAGCUCGGCUGGAAUACUACGAAAAUGCCAGGAAGUUCCGGCACAGUGUCCGCGCCGCAGCGGCUGCAGCAGCAGCGGCCGCCUCCGGUGCCGCGGUCCCAGCGCUCAUCCCACCGCGGCGCGUGAUCACCCUGUACCAGUGCUUCUCGGUAAGCCAGCGAGCCGACGCAAAGUACCGACACCUCAUCGCUCUUUUCACCCAGGACGAGUACUUCGCGAUGGUGGCCGAGAACGAGUCGGAGCAAGAGAGCUGGUACUUGCUGCUCAGCCGCCUCAUCCUCGAGAGCAAGCGCCGCCGCUGCGGCACGCCCGGCGCGCAGCCGGAUGGAGAGCCUGCCGCGCUGGCGGCUGCAGCGGCAGCGGAGCCACCCUUCUACAAAGAUGUGUGGCAGGUAAUAGUCAAACCCAGGGGGCUGGGGCACAGAAAAGAGCUGAGCGGCGUGUUCCGGCUCUGUCUUACCGACGAGGAGGUUGUAUUUGUGAGGCUAAAUACCGAAGUGGCCAGCGUGGUUGUCCAGCUCCUGAGCAUCCGUCGCUGCGGGCACUCGGAGCAGUAUUUCUUCUUGGAAGUCGGCAGGUCCACCGUCAUCGGUCCAGGCGAGCUCUGGAUGCAGGUCGAUGACUGUGUGGUGGCCCAAAACAUGCACGAGCUGUUUUUGGAGAAAAUGAGAGCCUUGUGUGCAGAUGAAUACAGAGCCCGAUGCCGCAGCUACAGCAUCAGCAUCGGCGCCCACCUGUUAACCCUGCUGUCCGCUAGGAGGCACCUGGACAUGCUGCCGCUGGAGCCCGGCGGCUGGCUCAGAAGGUCCCGCUUUGAGCAGUUUUGCCACCUCCGGGCCAUCGGUGACGGGGAAGACGAGAUGCUCCUCGCCAGGCGCUACAUAACACCCAGUGAGCCCUUGCCCCCCUCCAGGCGAGGAAGACUGCACCUGCCCAGAGGCCGCAGGUCCAGGAGAGCGGUUUCCGUGCCAGCCAGCUUUUUUCGCCGCUUAGCACCCAGCCCCGUGCGUGUUCCGCAGCCCGCAGAAGCCCCUAGCGAGGGAGCUUGCCUGCCUUCCAAAGCGUCUGGUUCCGGCUCUGGUAACUCUGGGGAAGAAGAAAAUCCUCAGGGUAAAGAGGGUCAGGAAGAAAACGGAGGCGACUAUAUGCCCAUGAACAAGUGGGGCUCAGGAAAUGGCCGAGGCUCAGGAGGUGGACAGGGAUCCAGUGGCCAAGGCCCCAGUAGCCAGAGCUCAGGAGGAAACCAGUGCUCAGGCAGGGGGCAUGGCUCUGGAGGUGGCCGGGGCUCAAGCGGUGGCCAAGGCUCAAGUGGCCAGGGCUCAGGGGGCCAGGGUGCAGGAGGAAACCAGUGCUCCGGAGAUGGCCAGGGUACCACAGGUGGGCAUGGCUCAGGCAGUGGCCAGGGAGCUGGAGGUGGGCACGGCUCAGGCCGUGGCCAGGGACCGGGAGAUGGCCAUGGCUCAGGCGGUGGCAAGAACUCUGGAGGGGGCAGAGGCUCAGGAAGUGGGAAAGGCUCGGAUGGCACUGGUGAACGUGGGAAGUCUCUGAAGAAAAAAUCCUACUUUGGCAAAUUAACUCAAAGCAAGCAACAGCAAAUGCCACCGCCUCCACCCCCACCCCCACCAGCUGCAGCAACUGGUGGGAAAGGGAAGUCUGGAGGAAGGUUCCGACUUUAUUUUUGUGCUGACAGAGGGGCCCCAAAAGAACGCAAAGAAACCAAAGAAGUUAAAGUCACAGAGAACCCAGAAGGUGCAGCUCGAGGUCCCCACAGAGCCAGAGCUUUUGAUGAAGAUGAGGAUGAUCCAUACGUGCCAAUGAGGCCAGGGGUGGCUGCCCCUCUCACAAGCUCCAGUGAUUAUAUGCCAAUGGCUCCUCAAAAUGUCUCUGCUUCAAAAAAGCGCCACUCUCGAUCACCUUUUGAAGAUUCAAGAGGGUACAUGAUGAUGUUUCCCAGAGUGAGCCCACCACCUGUCCCAAGUCCUCCAAAAGCACCUGAACCUGAUAAGGAGGAUGACUCAAAGGACAAUGACAGUGACAGCGACUACAUGUUUAUGGCUCCUGGAGCCGGUGCAAUUCCAAAAAACCCGAGAAAUCCUCAGGGAGGCUCUUCCUCCAAAAGUUGGAGCUCCUACUUCUCUCUGCCGAAUCCUUUUCGGAGCUCCCCGUUAGGACAGAGUGACCACAGUGAGUAUGUACCAAUGUUACCUGGAAAAUUCCUGGGGAAGGGCCUAGACAAAGAAGGCUCAUCUGACAGGGGCCCCAAAGAUGGAACUUCAAAGCCUUCAGUCGCGGGGUCAUUCUCAAAGCCAGGAGAUGGGGGGUCACCUGCAACCCCCUCAGGUGAUGGGCCCCCCAAGAACAAGGCGAAGAGACCCAACCGACUUUCUUUUCUUACAAAAGGAAAUAAAAUCAAGCCCAAACCACAAAAGCCCACACUUGAGCAGAGAGAAGCUGACAGCGCGAGUGACUACGUCAACGUUGACUGCCCUAAAAGAGAGAGCAACAGGCUAGCUCCCUGUGUUCAAAGACUGCCAAAUUUGUGGGGCACAAUCGCCGACCCGAGACAGUUCGCCUUUUCGAAUUACGUGAAUGCUGAGUUCGGAGUGCCGUUUCCAAACCCAGCAAACGACCUCGCCGAUCUUUUAAGAGCUAUUCCAGGUGCCAACCCCUUCUCUCUGGACGGUGCUAGGUGGCCACUUCCGCCCCUUCCUCCCAGCGCUCCAGGUAGCAAUGCUAAUGAGGAAGAAGGUGACUACAUUGAAGUGAUUUUCAACCCAGCAAUGACACCAGCCGUGCCUUUUGCUGACAGUGCCAUUCGCUACGAUGCCGAAACAGGUCGCAUCUACGUGGUCGACCCAUUUUCUGAGUGCUGUAUGGACAUUUCUCUCUCCCCCAGCCGCUGCUCUGAACCACCACCUGUGGCGAGGCUGCUGCUGGAAGAAGAGCGAGGGCGAAGACGCCCACCCAGCCGGCAGCAAAGUUUCUUUGCAUCCGCCAGAGCCGCGGUCUCGGCUUUCGCAACCGACAGCCUCCAGAGAGACCUCUCUGCCUCCUUGGCCUCGGUCGCAGCCGCCGUGCCGACCUUAGCCGUGGGCCGGGCUAUAGCCGCCGCCUCCUCUCUGGUCGCGGCCCCGGGCAUCGGCGCAGCCGCCGCGGGCUUCGAGGCCGCCGCCGGAAUUGACUCCGCCUCCGUCCGCUGGCUCCAACCUGUUGCGAACGCUGCUGGUGCCGAAGCGGCCAGGGGGGCCCAAGACGCUGCGGGCAGCUCGAACCCUAGAGCCCCAAACCCAUCGGCCGACCUCGCCGGAGGUGAGAACGCGGCUGGCGGGGCUGCCGCUGCAGCCGCCGCUCCCCCUCCAUCACCUGGCGGAGCCCGGCUGCCGAGCCCCCCAGCGCGAGACGAUUCUGAUGACGACGACGACGACACCUACGUGAGAAUGGACUUUGCCAGACCUGACAACGAGAAAUUCGACUCUCCCCAAAGAGAGUGAUUUCAUUGCCACAAAAGCACACUUUAGAAGAAAAGUGAUGCUAACGGAAUUUCAUCUUUGUCUACUCCAGAUCUGCCUAAAAGAAAGAGAAUUUACAGGCUUCUGAAUAGAAAGCAACCUGAAUUUCUAAAAGCCUGCAAGUGGAUGCUGGCAGUUGAAUGAUCCUAACACAGGUCAUUUGUGCUGCUGCCCUACGGAUCCAGUGAUUUUGAAUUAAGAUAUUCACACUGUACUUUGUUUUUGUUUUCUGGUUUCCUUCCCUGAUCUGUCUUUUUAAAAGGAAAACAAAUACUGUAAAAGUGAGCAUCUCAAAACUCUUUCCCUCUUUUUUUUUUUUUAAAUGUUAUUUACAUAUGUGUAAAUGUGGCCAAGACCUUAAGUUUUCGUGAUGUAUAAUACUUAGAUUUAGUUUUGCAGUUGAAAACCCAUGAAAUAAGAGAAGCUAAAAAAAAAAAAAAACCUAUGUUCCUGAGAAGGUAGGUAUGAUCUGGAAUCUUUUUCUGAGUAGUCUAUACACAAAACAUUUCUUGAUCAAGGAAUUAAACAUCAACUGAACUGAUAUCUUGAUGGGACAUUUCUAAUACUUUCAAGGCGGGACCAAAGGGCAGAUUUUCUCAGUUUUGCUCAUCAACAAAACUGCAGCAUUCUGUCCACAUUCAAUGUUACCUGCUAUCUCGAUUGACCAUUUCCAACGUUUUAAAGGCAGAACAGAGGAACACAUGAUCUGCUUCUUCAUCUACAACAUGUGAUGUUCUGCUUGCACAUCAAUUGAGCAUUUCCAAAGCCAUGAAUUUUUGUUUCUUUAGAAACCUACACUUUCCCCUAAAAGAAGCCAAGUUCUUCAAAAAGUUACCGUCACAAAGACCCCCCCCCUCUGUCUCUCUGCCCCCCCCCUUCACUCUCCAUUCUUCCUUUCUUUCUGACUCUUCCCUUGCCCUCCACUCUCCCUCCUAUGCCCAGGGCUCCUAUAAAGAGAUCAGUUUCCCAUAGUCAAGAAAUUCGUGUAGACAUAUCAAUCAAUAUUCUGACUAAAACUUAAGCCAAAAGGAACCUCUUAUAAGGUCUUGUUUUCCUUUGGAGAAUAAGACAAUAUAAGAUGUACUAAAUUAAAAAAAAAAAUCAGAGCAAGCUACCCCCUCCUGUUUCAGCUUGCCUCUGAUGGAAACUGAAUUAAGAUUUUUAGGAACCUGGACCUUUGAGAACAGGACACUAACAGGUGGUGAUCACAGAGGCUAGGUACAAAGGUCUUGAAGCUUGCUUAGAGCUUUGUUACGUGGUGGCGCACAAGUCACGACUUGUGACACCGUCACUGGCAAACCUCAUCCUAUCACAAAUGGCUGUGAGUAUCUGUAUAAGUGUGUGAGUGCUAACGUGUGUGCACCUGUUCGUGUGUAUGCACACCUUUGUGUACCUGUGUACAUGUGAUUGUAGAUGUACCUGUUGUGCGUAACUCUGUUUAAAAAAAAAAAUUGCUUCGCAUUUAAUGUGCAACCUUGAGAUAGUGUAAUAUUUACCUGAAGUCAUUUGCCACUCGGUUGUGAUGUCUUUGAACGUGUACUUCUAUCUUCGAGCAGGCUUAUAGUACAUGUGUUGCUACAAUCGCUUUCCUGAAGAACCGAGCUGACUUCUAUCCUUUUUCCUUGCCUACCAAUCAAAGGGAUGGGGCGGGGGAGCUCUUUCAUUUUUUUGUUCCCUCGUGAAUGGUGCUGAGGAGAGGAUGUGGCUGCAGGACCAAUCACUAUCCGUUACUGGUCACUGUUAGGGCAUCGGUUCCAUCAGUUCCUUCCCACUUCUCUUUUUCCAACCUAAUCAAGUAACGCAGUGUGGCUUUUGUUCAUUAUGGUAACCGUGCAGUCUUUCAGGAACCCUUUUUUCAAGCCUUCCGUCACCAUUUUACUUUCAAGUAAGUUAAGUCAUAAUCAUUCAGAAUUGAGGAUAGAAAACAUUAUUUGGGGGGAAAAACUGCUCUAUUGCUUUAUUUGCAUAUUAGGUUCAGAGGCUGCCAACAGACAGGGUACAGCACAGAGUAACACCGGCUGAAUAAAUGGAUGGGAAACCUCAUACACAACAGUACAAUUAGUAACAGGUACAAAUAGUCACAGGUACAGCAUAACAAAUAUGCAAUCUUUUGACACUACUUCUUAGUUUACAGAUAAAACUAAUUUAUUCAGUAUUGUGCUGGAAGAGUCGUUUUGAAUAUGUGUAGCAACAUAUCACUUACCUUCCAGCUACCAGUUUAUGCUGCUGUUGAGAAAAACCAAUGAUGGAACGAUUUUUUGUGUGUGUGACCUCUGCAUUUAAUUUGGUAUCAGCCAUAGUCACUUGGUCAGUAAAAACUAGACAGUUCCAACAGUUCAUUACAUUUGCUCUUUCUGCUUCACAGAUCUGCUUUGAGUUGCUCUGGCUUUGUCUUCCUUUGUAAAUACUCUUAUAUUCUUUUUUUUUUUUCUUUGUAAACAUCUCAUUUGCAGUUUUGGGAGACAACUUUGCAACUCUGUAUAGUGUUUAUAUAUAUAUCUGACUUGCCUUUCCAUAGAGCUACUCGCAAUAAAUGUGUUCAUGAACGUUA